AUGAAUCGCGACGCGUUCCAGGCUGGCUAUGAUGCAGGCCACAAAGCUGGGUUCGAUGCAGGCUACGCGGCUGGUCUUGCAGCCGCGGACCACCGCACACCCCCAUCCGCUCACCAGUCGCAUUUGACGCCGUCUCAACAACAACCUUCUUUGCCCAUACGUCCUCCGCCAGUGCCGCAAAGACCGACGGUGCCUGCUCAUCAUGAUGGUAGGUCGUCGAGAGAAAUCUGGCAACCAGCAGUGGGCACCUCUUUCCAGUAUGUCCUCAGCCAUCCUGUUCAGCUUAAUCACAGAACCUGCCCGGUUUCGCAAGCCGCCGUAUGGAUUGUAGACCUGUUCGACACACCUGCCGAAAGUGUCUCUGCUCUGCAUGCGCAAGGGCGAAAAGUCAUCGCCUACUUCUCCGCCGGCUCUUACGAAGACUGGCGACCAGAUGCCUCGAAAUUCGCCAAGUCUGAUCUGGGCCGCAACAUGGACGGCUGGGAGGGUGAGAAGUGGCUGCAAGUCAAGUCGACUAAUGUGCGGGAUAUCGUGUUGAAGCGUAUGGAUCUCGCUGUCCAGAAAGGCUUCGACGGCAUUGACCCUGACAAUGUCGACGGCUACGACAACAAGAACGGGCUCGGCCUCACCAAGCGAGAUGCUAUCGACUAUGUAACGUUCCUAUCACGGGAAGGCCAUGCACGCGGUUUGAGCGUGGGCAUGAAGAACGGCGGCGACGUCUCAAAAGACGUGGUAGACCAUGUCGAGUAUUGCGUGCAAGAACAAGCCGUUCAGUACGACGACGAAGAAGCGUUCUCUAUCUACUUGAAGAAAGGCAAGCCGAUCUUCCACGUCGAGUAUCCGAAAGGAGAUGAUCCGGACAACAAGAAGCAGAACGACGAAAGACUAGUCGAGGGCAAGAAGAGAGACAAGGCAUUUCGCCUGAAGAGCAAAGGCUGGAGCACCAUUAUUAAAAAUGUCAAAAUGGAUCAGUGGAUUCAGGUCGAUUGA